ACAUUCGUGGUCACACAGUUUGUUGCCAGAUCAGUCUAACGUGUCACUUAACUGCUAACUUGGCACACAUGCGAGCAAACACGCAGGAGCUCGAAAGUGUAUCAGCUCAAGAUGGAAGCAGCACAAAGAGAUGCCCCAAUUCCAGAGAUGAAGCUUCUGUUUGUAGAGAUGGGUGUUGGAUACGAUCUUCACGGGCAGGACAUAACUGCUGCAGCCAUGAGAGCUUGCCGAGAUGCCAUUGCGUCCAAUUCAAUCCCAGCCUUCAGAAAAGGUAGCAUACCUGGUGUCACAUCUGACCACAUGAAACUGCAUGUCAAACUGGGUGUUCCUCUUCCUCUCCAACGACACUUGGAUCAGGACAAAAUCAAGACUGUGUUUCCAUAUGGGAAAAUUGUGAGCUUUGAGGUUGUGAAUGGUGGACUUGUCUGCUCAACUGAAGAAAUGGCCGACCAAAACGAUGAGUGUUACAUAGUGAACGCUGCUGUGUAUGUCGGCUACUAGAUGCUCUACUUGCCUCGAAACUGUGAUCUUAAUGGAAUCUUCUAUGGCAGUCCUGUCUGUUGGUUCUUUGUGAAGCAAUUAUGACAAGUGUUUCUGUACUUAAUUGGGUGAUUUUCCCUCGUUGUUUUUGUAGUUAAUAUAAUUUGUACUUUUGUUAAUUCUGGUCAAA